CUUAACAUCUGAAGCAACACCAUGAACUGGGCCUUCCUUGAGGGCCUCCUUAGCGGCGUGAACAAGUACUCCACGGCGUUCGGUCGCAUCUGGCUCGCCAUCGUUUUCAUCUUCAGACUCUUAGUCUUCCUGGUGGCCUGUGAGAAGGUCUGGGGUGACGAGCAAAAGGACUUUGACUGCAACACCCGGCAGCCCGGUUGUCACAAUGUCUGCUACGACCACUACUUCCCCAUCUCCUACACCCGCCUCUGGGCCCUCCAGUUGAUCUUCGUGACCUGCCCGUCCCUUCUUGUGACGCUCCAUGUGUCCUACAGAAAAGAACGUGAGCGCAAACAUCGACUGAAGCACGGGGAAGACUGCGUCCCUCUGUAUGAUAACACAGGGAAGAAGCGAGGGGGUCUUUGGUGGACCUACUUCUUUAGCCUGCUCUUUAAAAUAAUGGUGGAUGCUGUGUUUGUUUUCCUGCUCUUCUACAUCUACGAGGCCACGUUCUUCCCACCGCUGGUGAAAUGCAGGCAGGAGCCAUGUCCCAAUGUGGUGGACUGCUACAUUGCCAGGCCCACAGAGAAGAAAAUAUUCACCGUCUUCAUGGUGGUGACCAGCUUUGUGUGCAUCUUCCUCACUCUUUGCGAGAUCUUAUACUUGUGCGGGAAGAGGUUCUGGGAGUGUUGCAGAGAAGGACGCCACAAAGUGAGAGAAAACUCCUUCAUGAUGACCAGAACUCCUCUGGCUGGGAAGGAGAACUCGGCGUACAACGAGACUGUCCUGAAGAAGUCCAAGAUGGUCGACGAAGGCAACGGAGGAGCUUGCGUAGAGAGUUCAGCCCCAGCGUACAGCAUCGUAGUCUCCUGA